GGGCGGGAGGAGGGUGGCAGGGAAAAGUGUUAUUAGAAGCGUCUCUGGGAGCCGCUGCUGUGGCAGAGCGCUGGAAACAGAAUGAGGGGAUCGGAAGCCAUCAGGCCGAGAAAGUUACUAGGCAUCAUUGUAGCCGCUCUAGCCAAAAGAACCAUAAAGGCUACCGUGAAGGGCGUUUCCAUGGCCUCCUCUCUAUGGUUCCACUCGUCGCUUCCGGUUCCGGGGAGGAGCCAAGCUGACUGGGGCGAGUGGAUCGGGGCUUCCUUAAGUCGGUCGAUCUAGCUGCCUGGGAUGGCUGUGGUGCAGCUUCUCUUGUUCGGGGGUUUGUGGAGUGUGGUGGGGACGUCCAAUCUGGCGGUGGUUACGUGCGGCUCUGUGGUGAAGUUACUCAAUACGCGCCACAACGUCAGGCUGCACUCGCACGACGUGCGCUAUGGGUCAGGCAGUGGGCAGCAGUCAGUGACGGGAGUGACCUCAGUGGAUGACAGCAACAGUUACUGGAGGAUUCGGGGGAAGACUGCCACAGUAUGUGAGAGAGGAACCCCUGUCAGAUGUGGCCAACCCAUUCGGCUGACACAUGUCAACACUGGCCGAAACCUCCAUAGUCACCAUUUCACCUCACCUCUUUCUGGAAACCAGGAAGUGAGUGCUUUUGGUGAGGAAGGUGAAGGUGAUUAUCUGGAUGACUGGACAGUGCUCUGUAAUGGGCCCUACUGGGUGAGGGAUGGUGAGGUACGGUUCAAGCACUCUUCCACAGAGGUUUUGCUGUCUGUCACAGGAGAACAAUAUGGUCGGCCCAUCAGUGGACAAAAAGAGGUGCAUGGCAUGGCCCAGCCAAGCCAGAACAACUAUUGGAAAGCCAUGGAAGGCAUCUUUAUGAAGCCUAGUGAAUUGUUGAAGGCAGAAUCUCACCACUCAGAGCUCUGAGUCUGAAGAUUGUAAGCCACUGUCACCACACAGUGUUCAUAGACGUAUGCUGCUGAUUCACCUUGGGAUUCCUGUCACAGGAUCCCAGGACAGUGGACAUGUCCCUAUUGAGUUGAAGAUGCAUGACAGAAAAUGGUGGCUCUGUAUUUUGGAAGCUUCAGCCCCACCCCUGAAUUUGAUAUUUCCCAAAGGUGGAUACUUUUUCCUGACUAUGGGACUCACUGGUAAAGGAACAGAUGUUUUCUAUUUAAAUUGGUUAAACAAAAAUGAGGAGAUAUUCCUCUUAACUUUGGAAAUUUUUUACUUCUCAGAAGUUUGGUGUUACGGACUAUUCAUGUGUGAGAUUUUUCCCUUUUUCCAAAGUGAUGAUAAAGAUAAACAAUCCAAUUGUUA